AUGGCAAAAGUCACCAUCCACUGCGUUCGCCACGCUCAAGGCUUCCACAACCUCUCCCUCGCCAACCACACCAUCGCCGACCCCCUCCUCACCCCCCACGGAAAAUCACAAUGCCAAACCCUCAGCCAAAACUUUCCCUCGCCCUCCCGCAUAACCCACCUCGUUUCCUCGCCCCUCCGCCGCACACUCUACACAACUCUCCUCUCCUUCCCAACCGCCAUCACCCGCGGUAUCCGCAUCCUCGCCCUCUCCGAGCUCCAAGAAACAUCAAACCUGCCCUGCGACACCGGCUCAAGCGUCGAUGCCCUCGAAGCUGAAUUCGCAGACGGAGAGUUCGCUGGGACAGUGGACCUGAGAUAUGUGAGUGACGACUGGAACUCGAAAGUCGGCAGGUGGAGUCCGGCUGCGCAUCACAUCGAGCGGCGGGCGCGGUCAGCGCGACUUUUCCUCCGCGCAUUGGCAGACCAAAGUCUCGCGCUGAAUCCGGAUCAAGAUGUUGAAAUUGUGGUUGUCACGCAUGGAGGAUACCUACACUAUUUCACAGACGAUUGGGAUGGAGCGGGGAAAUUUGUAGGGACCGGGUGGGCGAAUACGGAAGUGAGGAGUUAUGAGUUUGUGGAGGGGGAUGAGCAUGGUGCUGGGUUGAGGGAGACGAGGGAGAGUAGGUUUGGGAGGAUGGGUAGUGAGACCCAGCUUGGGAGGGAGGAGCAGAGGACGUUGAGGGAUGCGAUGGAGAAGGAGUGGUGUGAGAGUGGGUAUCAGGGCCCGCGGGAGGAGAGUGCGAAAUUGUGA